CGCGGUCGUGACAUUUCAGUGCAGUCGCACACAAUGAUAAUUAUAUGAAUGACUAAAUUCUUUGGUAUUCGAAUGUAUGGUUACUGUGAUUUUUGAGGUGCUAAAACCUACAAACAAUCAUCUUUUCCUUAAUAUUGAACAACAUUCAUCAGUCAUCUAUAUAUAAAGAAUCAGUGGGUUUAUUACAUCAAUUUGUCUGUAUCACUGUUUGAAAAAUGGAUUCAAAUGAAUUUAUUCCAGAGGCAUACAAGGAUGCAAUAAAUCAAGAGUUUGCAUAUGACCCAAUUCGAUUGCCCAUUUCACAAGAUCCUGCUCAACUUCUCUACAAUCGCAGGACCCUGGAGAUCAUUUGGGAGGCCAAACACCAAGCCAUUAAUCCAUUCACAAACAUGCCUUUUGAUAUUAACCAGGCCAUACCUCAGGUAGACUUGGCCAAACAUAUGCGAAGCUACCUUACAGACAACAAAGCAGUAACUAACAACAGUGCUUCUCAGUGCAAUGGUUAUGCCGAUAGGCAAUCUUUGAGGGGCUUAGAAGUCAUUCAAGACUACAAUAGAGUUUUGGAAGAGAGUGAAAUGAAGGACCACCUCAAUGGUCUGGUUUUGCACACCCAUUGCUUUCCUCAUGGAUCAAAAACCAACAUGGUAGAGAACUUCUGGAAAGCCUUGUGGAAAAAGCUCAAUAUACUUCGCCUUGUUUGCCAAUACAAAGUUGAAAACAGAGAGCUUUUUGUUUCAGUUCAAGGCUACAAAUCUUUGUUCAGAGUUGUGAAUCUGGAGCUAGUUAACUUGUAUAGCAAGUUUUCUUCUUCUUCUUCUACUCUUUGUGAGGAGGCCAAGGAUGUGUACAGAGAAGUGGCCAGGAUUGUGAAUAUUAUUGGGUUGACAGAAAGAGAUUUGAUAAAGAUACCUGAGAAGUUUGUGAAUGCACUAAUGCAUGUUCUUUCCCAACUUAGGAAAUCUAAGUAUGUCAAGAUUCAGAGCUUGGUGUUAAGAAUCUAUCGCUGGAUUUUUCAUGACUGCUCAGGUCUUCUAUUUUCUUCCAAGAUGGAGUUAUUCGGCCCUUAUGUUGUCAAUGUUCCCAUUCAACUGCUAGGGCGCCCUAGUCAGAUGGACAUAAGCACUGAGGACCUGAACAAUGGAACAGCUAUCCUGAAAGCAAUAUGGGCUCAAAACAAGUUUGCCCUCUUAGCCUGUAAUAAAUACCCACAACUUCUUGUGAACGUUACAACACUCUGUAUCUCUCUCUAUGAGAAAGAGCUACAAAAUGAAGUAGAGAAGAAGCUUCAAAUCAGUUUGGCGCUAGAACAAGGAUUGUGGCUUCUUCAUAAGUUAUUAAUCAAGUCUGAUGAUAAUUUCUCUUACCACUUUCAUUUUGAUACAGCAGAAAAGAAAUUGCUAAGUAUGGAAAUUGUAAACAAUAUUGUUGGUAUGGCUAGGCUGGGUAUUAGAGGGUUGAAAUUUGAUUCAUUGCAUUUGGAAUUGGGUUUAAGCUGCAUGGCUUCUAUCUAUAUACAGAGAGGUCUUUGUGUCAUAAAAAGAGAGGAUGUUCAAGUUUUAGAGGUGUUGCUAAGGAGUGAUGAGAUUCUGAAGGAGUACAGUAUGGAGGUCAAGGAUUCUAUUGAAGCAAUUGUUAAAUAUGCCGGGCAUGUAGGAGUUGAGCCAAUGGAGGGUAAUUUGUUCAAAAAAUGGAUUGGUGUCUAUGCAUUGUGUGCUGCUGCUAUGGCUUUACAAUAUGUUGAUCAAAAGUAAAAGGAACAUUGAUGAUAAACCUUGAUUCGCUUGUAAAUAUAUUUGCUUUUCUUAAAGCAUUCCAGAUUCUCUUUUAAGGGUUUUUGGCCUUGAAAAUGCUGUUUAUUAA